AGAGAGACGCAUAAGGCAUGAAUCAGCUACUGUCAGAGUCAUUCUGCGUUUCCACGCUAACUGACAUAGCGUAUCAUCCACCUGAUUCUCCCCUCACUCACUCACUCACUCACCCACACACCCUCUCUCUCUCUCUCUCUCUCUCCUUUUCCUCUGUAUUUUCUCAGGAAAGAGAGAGAAGAGAGCCUCCAGAGCGAGCAACAAUUGCUGAGAGAAAGCAUAAGACAUUACCAAAUCAAUACAUUCACGCUGUUAAAUUACUGUUUGUGAAGCAUAAUUCAACCAACUCCCGCAAAGAAUGUCUCCUCCUCCUUCCCAGCUCAUUCUUCUCCACCGCCUCUGCCUUCUACUCUUGCUUCUCUCCUCUGCAACUCCCUCCCUCUCCUACGAGCCUCGGAAUCACGAAGUUGAAGCGUUGAUUGCUAUCAGAGAUGCGCUGCACGACCCUUGGGGAGCUCUCAACAACUGGGACGAGGACUCUGUAGACCCGUGUAGCUGGGCCAUGAUCACUUGUUCGCCUGAUAAUCUUGUUAUUGGCCUAGGAGCGCCAAGCCAAGGCUUAUCAGGAGACUUGUCUGCGACGAUAGCAAACCUCACAAAUCUCCGCCAAGUAUUGUUGCAGAACAACAACAUUUCCGGUGAAAUCCCACCGGAGAUUAGUAGUCUUCCGAGCCUUCAGACGCUGGAUUUAUCCAAUAAUCGGUUCUACGGUCACGUGCCAGAGUCCCUGGGUCGGCUGACUAAUCUUCUGUAUCUGAGGCUGAACAACAAUAGCUUGUCUGGGUCGAUUCCUUUGUCUUUAGCCAAACUUCCUCAACUUGCUUUCUUGGACUUGUCUUACAACAAUCUCAGUGGAGCUGUGCCAAAGUUUCCUGCCAGAACGUUCAAUUUUGUAGGCAAUCCUCUGAUUUGUGGAAGUCACUCCAAUGAUGGUUGCUCCGGAUCGCCCUUUCCUAUUCCUCUUUCCUUCUCUCUUACCUCAUCACCUGGAAAAGGUAGCUCCAAGACACUAGCCAUUGCACUUGGAGUCGGUCUGGGAUUCGUCAUACUCAUCCUCCUAGCAGUGGGGUUCCUGUUUUGGAGAAAAAAUAGAAGGAAAAAGCAAAUUAUUCUUAAUAUCAAUGAUAUGCAAGAAGAGGGUCUAAUGAACCUAGGCAACCUCAGGAAUUUUACAUUUAGAGAACUCCAAGUUGCAACGGACAAUUUUAGCUCCAAAAACAUACUGGGUGCUGGGGGUUUUGGAAAUGUGUACAAGGGAAAGUUUGGGGAUGGCACAAUGGUGGCAGUGAAAAGGUUAAAGGAUGUCAUUGGAACAGCUGGGGAAUCACAAUUUAAGACAGAACUGGAGAUGAUUAGUCUUGCAAUUCACCGGAAUUUGUUGCGCUUAAUCGGAUAUUGUGCUACCCCAAAUGAAAGGCUCCUGGUGUAUCCUUACAUGUCUAAUGGCAGUGUGGCCUCAAGGCUUAGAGAGAAACCAGCAUUAGAUUGGAACACUAGAAAGAGAAUUGCAAUUGGAGCUGCUCGGGGUCUUCUAUAUUUACACGAGCAAUGUGAUCCAAAGAUAAUCCAUAGAGAUGUGAAGGCAGCUAACAUACUGUUAGAUGAUUACUGUGAAGCCAUUGUUGGUGAUUUUGGCCUUGCAAAGCUCCUUGACCAUGCUGACUCCCAUGUCACCACAGCUGUUCGUGGUACUGUUGGACAUAUUGCACCAGAGUAUCUCUCCACUGGCCAAUCAUCUGAGAAGACGGAUGUUUUUGGCUUUGGGAUUCUCUUGAUAGAGCUCAUCACUGGGAUGAGAGCUCUUGAAUUUGGAAAAACAGUUAAUCAGAAAGGAGCCAUGCUUGAAUGGGUGAGGAAAGUGCAGCAGGAAAAGAAAGUCGAGCUGCUGGUGGACCGAGAGCUUGGAAGCAACUAUGAUCGGAUUGAGGUUGGAGAGAUGCUGCAAGUGGCUCUUCUUUGCACCCAAUACUUGCCUGCCCACCGCCCCAGGAUGUCCGAAGUGGUGCACAUGCUUGAGGGGGAUGGCGUUGCUGAAAAAUGGGCUGCCUCUCACAACCACGUCAACCCCUGCACGAACUUCUUCCCGGGCAGCAAAGACAACAAAUUUCACUCUUACCCUGCCAUGUUCCCAAUGCAUGAUGACAACGAUAAUGAUCACUCUAGCAUGUUUGGCUUGAUGUCUGAUGAUGAUCAUGGUGCCCAUGCCAUGGAGCUCUCUGGUCCUAGAUAAGGUAGCAGGAGACACACACACAAAAAGGAAGUGGAUUCUUUCAGAUUCUUUAUUGGCAGUCCGAACGAACUUUGUUCUUGAGAAAACAACAAAAAAAAAGGAGAAACAGGCAGCGUCUCUUUCUUAUAUCCUCCUAGUAUUUUGCAUUUGUCAUGUAAAUAUUUGUCCCCUUUCUUUGCUAUAUUUACUCUUCUUGAUGGCUAGGUUUAGUUGCAGUGUAAAACAAAGCUUAGUCUCCAUGUCUUUGUUGCCUUUUGUUUACUAUUUUUGUCUAUACUGAACUGUAAUGUAAAUGCAUUUACAAGUCUCCAAUGGGGGUUGUAGAA